AUGGUCGACUACUUGUUGUAUGAAUCCGCAACGGGUUAUUCCCUCUUUGACGUAGUUGGAGCGGAAGAAGUCGCUGGUAAAACUAAGGAAGUACAGCUUUCUCUUCAGGACCUCUCGAAAUUCGGAAAGGUCGUGCAAUUAAGAAGCUUUGUUCCUUUCAAAAAUGCUGCACACGCCUUGGAAAAUGCAAAUGAUGUUUCUGAAGGCAUUUUGAACGAGUACUUGAAAGGCUUUUUGGAAUUAAAUUUGCCCAAGGCUUCGAAAAAGAAGAAAAUUUCUUUGGGAGUUCAAGACAAGAAUUUGGCUUCAUCCAUCAAGGGCGAACUCGAAGGUAUUGAAUGCGAUACAUCUGAACUUGCUCAAGAUCUUUUGCGUGGUAUCCGUUAUCAUGGCGACAAGAUGUUGAAGCAACUUUCUGCUGGUGAUUUUGAAAGAGCUCAGUUGGGUUUGGGUCACUCCUACUCUCGUGCCAAGGUAAAAUUUAAUGUCAAUCGUAACGACAACAUGAUUAUUCAAGCUAUCGCUAUCCUCGAUCAAUUGGACAAGGAUGUUAAUACAUUCUCUAUGCGUAUGAAGGAAUGGUAUUCUUGGCAUUUCCCCGAGUUGUCCAAAAUUGUCGGUGACAACUACAAGUAUGCUCUUGUUGCCAAAUUCAUUGGUGAUAAGAAUUCGGUGAACGACGAAAUUUUGCAUGAUUUGGCUGCCCUUGUCGACGACGACAAGGAUGUUGCUCAAAGCAUCAUUAGCUCUGCUCGUGUCUCCAUGGGUCAAGACAUCUCUGCCAUCGAUUUGGAAAACAUCAGUGCAUUUGCCGAACGUGUCAUCAAGUUGAGUGAAUAUCGUAGACAGCUUCACAAUUACUUAGUUCAAAAGAUGAGCGUUGUUGCUCCUAACCUUGCUGAGUUGAUUGGUGAAAUGGUUGGUGCCAGAUUGAUUUCUCACGCUGGUAGUCUUACCAAUCUUUCCAAGUGCCCUGCUUCUACCGUUCAAAUUCUCGGUGCCGAAAAAGCUCUUUUCCGUGCUUUGAAGACUCGUGGUAACACUCCCAAGUAUGGUAUCAUCUAUCACUCUAGUUUCAUUGGCAAGGCUGGCAGCAAAAACAAGGGUCGUAUUUCCCGAUUCCUUGCUAACAAAUGCUCUAUCGCCAGUCGUAUUGAUAAUUUCAGUGAUAUUCCUUCCACUGCAUUUGGUGAAGUCUUGCGUCGUCAAGUCGAUGAGCGUCUAGGCUUCUAUGAUACCGGUGUUGCUCCUACCAGAAACAGCGUCGCCAUGUCCGAAGCUUAUGAGAAGGCUCUUUCCAACGUUAAGUUGGAUGGUGACGAGGAAGACGCUGCUGAGGAGGAAGUGAAGGAGGAUACCGACAAGAAGGACAAGAAGAGCAAGAAGGAAAAGAAAGAGAAGAAGGACAAGGGUGAAAAGAAGGAAAAGUCUAAGAAGAAGCGCUCUUCAGACGAUGCUGACGAAGACUCCAAGAAGAGUAAGAAGAAAAAGAAGAGUCACAAGGAAGAAUAA